CCUCCUGACAUAGAGAGAAAGAGUGGAGAGGGAGAUCACUCUGGUAAUCAAUGGAGUUCUUCUGAGUAAUCUCUCUCUUUGCUUUGCAUGUUCUGAAUAUUCAUUUCGUUUGAUCGAGAUAAACGAGGGAAAUUUGUUGAGAGGAUCUUGAAUUUGAAGAUUGAUGGAAAUGGCUGGAUCGGAUGAGAACAAUCCUGGGGUGAUCGGCUCUGUAAAUGUUCAAGGGGUUAUUCAUGCCGGAGGAGGAGGGAAGUUUGUGGCUGCGCCGGGGCACAAUCGGAGAGCUUUGAGCACCAUUAAUGGGAAUAUUGUUGGAGCACCAGCUUACCCUUGUGCAGUCAACAAGAGACCCUUAACUGAAUUAAAUGCAGUCUGUGAAAAGAAGCCACCCAUUCCUGUGCACCGACCAAUUACCAGGAAUUUUGCUGCUCAGUUGGCCAACCAGCAGCAACACAAUUCUGAGAUGGAAACUAGGAAACCGUUUCAAUCGGUCCUAAGUUCACCUGAGGCAGAAAAUCACAAUGUCAUAGAUGUGGAUGACUAUACGGCAAGUAGAGAUCUGGAUGUGCCAAUGUUUGUGCAGCACACAGAAGCAAUGAUGGAUGAGAUUGAUCGGAUGGAGGAGGUUGAAAUGGAAGAUGUGGCUGAGGAAGCAGUCACAGACAUAGACAGCUCUGACAGGAAGAACCCACUUGCAGUUGUUGAGUAUAUUGAUGAUUUAUAUCACUUUUACAAGAAAUCCGAGUGUGGUGGUUGUGUUCCCCCAAAUUAUAUGGCACAGCAAUAUGAUAUCAAUGACAGGAUGAGAGCCAUUCUUAUUGACUGGCUAAUAGAGGUUCACUACAAGUUUGAGAUGAUGGAGGAGACCUUAUAUCUGACUAUCAAUCUCAUUGAUAGAUUUCUAGCAGUUCAUCAAGUGGUGAGGAAGAAACUCCAGCUUGUUGGGGUGACAGCCAUGCUUCUUGCCUGCAAAUAUGAAGAGGUUUCUGUUCCUGUUGUAGAGGAUCUCAUUCUUAUCUCUGAUAAGGCCUAUACCAGAAAAGAAGUGCUAGAUAUGGAGAAGCUGAUGAUCAAUACCUUGCAAUUUAAUCUGUCUGUUCCUACAUCAUAUGUGUUUAUGAGGAGGUUUCUGAAAGCUGCUCAAUCUGACAAGAAGCUUGAGCUUCUCUCAUUCUUCAUCAUCGAGCUUUGCCUGGUAGAAUAUGAAAUGCUCAAGUUUCCGCCCUCUGUAUUAGCUGCUGCUGCAAUUUACACUGCUCAGUGCACCAUUUGUGGGUCUAAGCAAUGGACUAAAACCAGUGAGUGGUACACUGCCUACUCGGAGGAGCAACUUUUGGAAUGCUCAAGGCUGAUGGUUUCUUUCCAUCAGAAAGCUGGGACAGGGAGGCUUACAGGUGUUCAUCGAAAGUACAGUACAUCCAAGUAUGGUUUUACAGCAAGAAUUGAACCUGCCAACUUUCUCUUAGAGAGAUUCUAGGAGACUGACAUUAUAUACGCUACUGACCUGCUAUAUGGGGGUGGGGUGGGGUUUGCCCUUCGGUUUUACGAGCAAAGAGCAAUGCAAGUUGCCCCUGGGUUUAUAUGAGUAUAUUCUGAAUAUGAUGUGCUCUUUGAUGUUCAUAUCUUUCUCGCUGUUGUGACUUGUAUAAGUUUCAUUUGAAACAAAUUGGCUUGUUGUGAGUGAAUGAAUUUUUUUUUUUCAA